UAGAGACGUCACACACAAACGCUCGCAACUAAAGACUUUGUCCAUAUUAUCAUUUCUCUUCUCUCUCUCUGUCUCCCUGUCAAUUUCUCUGAAAAUCCGAUCACAAAAUGCAGUUCAUGCUCAACCUUCGUGUUACUCAUGGAGUUCCACUUUGUCUCUCUGGAGUCACCAAUCCUCUUUCUUUCUCUAAGGAAAUAGCAGAUCAUGACAGUCGGAGGAAGAACAUGAAGAAGCAGAGAUCAGUGGCCAGAGAGGGUGUGCAUGCAAAGCAUCAACAAAAGGGUACCCUCAUCACUAACUUUCAAACCUCUUCUCUGAUCAUGGCUGAAGAAUAUGGAGAUCUUGGUCACAUCAUACUUCAUCAUCUGUUCUGUAUUCACCUUGGUUUAACAGCAAAAGCUGCAUAGCCUUAUCAGUUCUUCACUAAGAUUACCACUGUUUCUGAACUCUGUUAUGUAUCCCUGUUGAAUUGAUCUCAUCUUUUUUAUUUGUUUUAUUGAUUAUCAAGUUAGAACGGGUGUCUGAUAAGAAUUUGAUUCUUACCAGUAUGUCAGAGUCAUGUUUAUAAGUAAAUCUUCAACUAGGUUGUUUUUUCUUGCA